UUUAAUUUCAUCCAUCAUCACUAUCACAAUCACACUACCUCCUUAUCUCCCUUCAACAAGUUAAACCAAAAUAACAAUAACCCAAGACCAAGAACCACUACACAAUCCUAGCCUUAACUUAUUAAUUUAGUGCUCGCAUCAUAUCCAUGGCUGCCAUGAACUCCUCUAGUGUAUUGGCUUGUAGCUACGCCAUUUCGGGUGGCGCUUCCAGUUCCGAGCUCAGUGGCAAGAUUACUUCCUUGCCCUCUGUCUCCACCAAGUUGCCUGUGAUGAAGGUGAAGGCCCAGCAAGAGAGAGCCAAUGCUGGUGUCAUUGAAGAUUACCUUGAGAAGAGCAAGGCCAACAAGGAACUGAAUGACAAGAAAAGGUUAGCUACUAGUGGAGCAAAUUUUGCAAGAGCAUACACGGUGCAAUUUGGCACUUGCAAAUUCCCUGAGAACUUCACUGGUUGCCAAGAUCUUGCCAAGCAAAAGAAAGUGCCAUUCCUUUCUGAUGAUUUGGAGCUUGAAUGUGAAGGAAAGGACAAAUACAAGUGUGGUUCUAAUGUUUUCUGGAAAUGGUGAGACUGAAAGGAAUCAAGCUGGGCAACAAUUUCCGAUUCAGUUGUUGAUCUCUUUGAAAUAUGUACCAUACUUCUUCGAUCUCCUUCAAAAAGUUACUAAUUAAAAUGCUUUCUUUUGCUACGUAUAUUCCUAUUCUUCUUUUUUUCUUGGGUAACACUAGUGGUGGUGGUUUUUUUCUUCAGUUGGUUGCAAUAAUGUAUAAAUAUUUAAAAUUUA